GUCACAACAUCAUCAAUUGUUCCACUGCACUUAUAUAAAAAGGCAUCCCAUCCACCCAGUCACUUUACCUUUCACCACUUCGCCUUGAUCCACGGCAGCUCCCCCACGGGUCAGACAGCGCCUUCAAGCCCUUAAAGCCUUGACGCGACCCACACGCCUUCCUCGACUGCAGCCUCUCCAUCCACCAACCUUCCCCACCACACCUUCCUCGCCAUGGUCAACAUUCGCAAUAUCGAGUUGGUAAACAACCCAGCCAAGUUUGACGACGAGUACCACUUUCGCAUCAAGUUUGAGGCGAUCGCACCAUUGGCUGAGGACCUCGAGUGGCGCUUGAUCUAUGUGGGAUCUGCGACCUCUGAAGAGUAUGACCAGGAGCUUGAUUCGUGUAUGGUCGGCCCCAUCCCCGCUGGCGUGAACGCGUUCGAGUUUGUCGCCCCCGCGCCCCAGCACCACCUCCUGCCAUCGGUCGAGCCCGCCGAGAUCUUAGGUAUCACAGUCAUCAUCAUCACGGCGUCGUACAGGGACAAGGAGUUUGUGCGCGUGGGCUACUAUGUCAACACCGACUACGAGGACGAGCAGCUCCGUCUGGAACCACCUUCGCAGGUCAUCUGGGACAAGCUCUACCGCAACGUUCUGAUCGAGAAGCCCAAGGUCACUAGGUUCCAGAACCCGUGGGACACUGGAGUGACUGAUGGUUACGAUGGCCCGCAGCAGCUCGACAACGCAGGGGACCUUUACAACUCGGCCCUCCCUGCACCUGUUCAGAAGGCUCCUGCCCCUCAACCAAGCAGCAUGGACGUUGACGAUUCAGUGACGGCAUGAGCACCAGGUGUGCGGCGCAUAGAGAGAGAGAGAAGUGAGGCAAUGCAGCGGGGCAAGUCCUCUAGUAGUAAAGCUGAUUUAUACCUG